GUGAACCGCACACAACUAUGCUACAUGCUAUGGCUAAGGGAGAAGAUUGAAGAAUGGAGUAAUCAAUGCGUUACGUUUGUUUUUCUUGAAUAAUUCAGAAGGAUUACAAAGCAGAGAUGGCAGACGGAAAGGCAAAACCGCAAAAGAAAACGUAUACCAAUAAGAAUAUCAAGAAGCUGCGAGCGGUUAGCAUGGUGUGUAGCUUGACGAGCAGCUGGCAGCAGUGGGUAACGGACAAUGAGACAAAGCAGGCCAGUGAACCAAGCGGUUGGGCGCCAUCUUGGCUUGGAGAUCCAAACAAGGAACCUAAAAAAACAUGGACGCCCAAGAAAAUCGCUCAAGAAGAUGUCAAGAAACAAGAUAAUGAUUUGGACAAUGGUAUACCAGCCGAAAAAUUGCUAAAUACUUCAAAGACCGAAGAUGAAGCUAAUAUUGCCGAGCUAGUUGUCGCUAGCCCAAUCAAGACUAAACAAGUGGAAAAGACUAUUACGAGUGUUGCCAAAGAGAAAAGUAUUGGAAUAGGAGUUUUGACUGAAAAAAUUACCAAAGAAUCGUUGCCAUCAAAUGAGGAGAUUGAUAAACUUUUAAAGAAAAAAAGUUCACCAACUCGAAGAAGGAAAUGCUCCAAUAUGGUGUCAUCUUUAACCAAGAGUUGGAAACAGGUGGAGGGGACUGUCACAGACGGGACAGGGGCGAAAGAUGGAGAGAUUUUGAAUGUGGAAGUAGAUGGAGAACAGGCUAAAGCGGAUGUUAAAGGAAAAGAAAGAAUCGAAGAAGUGAACGAAGUAAAGCAGAACGAAAAAGAGGAGGAAGAGGAGUCAGCUGUGAAGAUUAAGAGACCAUCAGUGACAUUGAGUCUGAAAAAGGAGUCUGAAGACGCCCAUAAGAUCAACGCUCUCUCCAAACGCUACAGCGCAGUGGGCAGCCUGAAGAGCCGUUGGCAAAACUGGGCUUCAGAGCACACGGUCAACCAAAAACUCAACCCUUUCAGUGAAUACUUCGACUACGACUACUCCAUGUCCACACGACUCCAAAAGGGACAGGAGGGCUACGGGCGGCCUAAAGAGGGAACCAAGACAGCGGAACGGGCCAAGCGCGCCGAACAGCACAUCCACAGGGAGAUCGACGACAUGUGCAUGAUCAUUCGGACGAUGGCGGACCGCGAUCCCGAUGGGAAAACGCGGGUGACUUUCGGGGAGUUGUUUGAUAGAUACGUUCGCAUUUCGGAUAAAGUUGUUGGGAUCCUGAUGCGGGCCAGGAAGCACGGGAAAGUGGCGUUUGAAGGGGAGAUGUUAUGGCAGGGUAGAGAUGAUGGCGUGGUUAUUACUUUGCUGGUGUGAUGGUCACCAAGUCUA